AACAUGACACUUCCGGUUUGAGUCUGACUGCUUGUUGUGGAGCUUGACUUGUGUUAGCCGCAUCUCACUACUGAUCCACACGUCCUAUUCUUCAGGCCAACAUUUUUUCAUUAAUAAUACAGCUUGUGAGUGGAGUACGUCUGUAAUUGUAGCUGUCAGAACGUUAUAUUACACAUCAGUGACGCGUCACUCUGGUUCGUUAGCAUCUUUAAGCUAGCUAACAGCAGGUUAGCAAAGCAGUACCAGGGAUGGCAGAGGUUCCCGGGACAUCAAGUGAGACGAUAACGGAGACAGUACAGACGAGCACGCCGCCACCGCCCCAGCAGGAGGGACGAAGCUUGACGAUCAAGCUGAGGAAGAGAAAGACUGAGAAGAAGGUGGAGUGGUCUAGUGACACUGUCGACAAUGAACACUUGGGAAGAAGGUCUUCAAAGUGUUGCUGUAUUUAUGAGAAGCCCCGACAGUUUGGAGAGUCGUCCUCUGAAAGCGAGGGAGACGACGAUGAUGAAGGGUGUGGCAGCGCUCACUGUAUUCUGGGCCACGGCAGGAGAGGUCAUGGACAGAGGGGGGGCGGGGAGACCACAGUUCCUCCAAACUCUGGAGGGUCGCACACCCACUAGUGAGCACUGAGGCUGAUUGUGGGGUUUUCUCACCACGACGGUGACACAUUACGAAACUGCACUCUUGUUUUUAGUUUAGCUCCAUCACUGGCAAACCUGGUGCUGUGUUGCAGUCAUGAGUCAGAAAGUCCCAGCUGUCUGAGCAGAAUUACGUCUGCACUGCUGCUCUGCUCUGAAACACACAGAGCAACAUCAUGGAUUAUUGAAUUAGGCUAAUUGAAAGUCAUGCUCUCCUCUCAAUAUCUAAAAGCAUGCUCAGUAUUGUGCUGAAUAACAUAUGUAAUGUGGAAUGAUGGCUCAUUCACAAAGUAGGCAUACUGUUAAUAAAGGGUAAUUUCAGUGUUUUUGCAUGUUUUAGCCCUUCUACAAUACAUCACACACCAUAUGCAGUACAUUACUGUUGCACAUUUCCAAAGCAUGUAAAAUACAGUAAUGGUAGAUUUUCAAAUGCUUUUGUGUUUUCUGGUCAGCUGUUGGCUUCCAUUCCUUUCACUCUGCUAUGAAAAUAAACUUUAAGGUUUGUAAUCCAUCACAUUGAUCUUUAUGCUUUCAUUUUAGUCCGUGUUGUGUGGACAGACAAUUAAUGUCAUCGCUGAUGACCCGAUAAUCUGCCAAAUGUUUUCUCAGUUAAAUAAGUAUUUUUUUCUCUAUUAUUUUUGUCAACAGAAGUUUUGCAAUCUUGUGAAAAUGAUUUUUAUGACAAUCAACUUAUUGAUAGAAGUUUUGUUGAUUAACUCAUUAGUUUUUUUGGUUCUUGUAGAAUGUCAAAGAGAAAAUGGGCAAGUUUGAGUCUUGAAAUGACAUUUUAAAAUGGGUUGUUUAUCCAAAACCCAAAUAUAUUAACUUAUCUGAUUAUGCUGCUCAAACAGUCAACAGUUUUCAAUUGAUGAGCUGUUUUUAAACAAAAUGCAUCAUCACCCACUGCCCAGUUGUAACUAGUUUUAUUUGACACAUUUUGGCCAGUUUGCCCCUUCUACAAACUACACUUUAGACACAUUACCAGAACUCUAUUCUAGGAAGAGCUACAGGACUUGAACAAUACAUUGCCAUACCGUAAUAAUGAGCGGCUGCCAAUGACACACACAAAACCAUUUCAAAAGUACUUUGGAAAAUGGUCAUCAGCAGGAAUGUGAGGUCAUCACUUGACUAAAACGGAAAAAGCAUCAAUUAUAAUAUCACUGUAAUCAGAGCAGGCUCCAUGCCUCUAUUUCCAAGGCAAAAUGCAAUCACACUGCACCGUCUGCAGCAGUAUAAUGGACUUUCUGACUGUGAGGCAUCUCUGGAACACAGUAUAUGAGGAGUUUUGAAGAGUUGGAGCUAGUGAGGCAAUAAUAUGCAGUCUGGAGGUGUAAUAUCCUUUGAUGAAGUGGAAGACUUAAUUGUAUGUAAUGCAGCACAUUGUUUUUUUAAAUUUAUUUUCUGGUUUUAAUUCUGAACUUGCUGAUAUUCGAAGCUGACCACAGUCUGUGUGUGAGAAUUAGAAUACAGUGGAUUGAAGACUGGCUGCUCACAAAGAUCUUGGUUUUAUUUUGAGUUCAGUGUUUGCUGUUUUUGAUUUGUAGAUCAGUUACAAAGCUAAUGUAGUUUUUGUGAUGAUUGCUGACAAUCCAUAUUUGGCAGUACUCUAACUCCAUAAUUACUACAUGUGAUUUCAGCACCUCCCAUAUUAUCUGUUAGACGUACGUCAUCAGUUUUAGGGAAUCCAGCUCUGUUCUUACCUGCAGGUUCUGCUGCAAUAGUGCAGCUCACUCACAAGUUAGUUGGAUCAUGACUUAACCUUACAGUAGCAACACAAAACAUUUUCAGUCAUUCUCAGAUAAAUAAUGACUCUAUCUUACAGACUUGGGCUUUAUUUGUUAUUUAGGAUUUUUGUGAAAUCAUUUGAUUUUGCUUUUUUCACUAAAGUAUAAAGAAGCUAUAAUAAUGAUCAGUAAUGCAAUGUCAUCAAAUAAAAUCAGUACAUGUAAAAAAAAUCUGACUCCUUCCUGCAGCUGUAGGACCACGUAACCACGUUAAUCUGGAUUCCUUAUUUGCAAACAUCGACCUGUAUACAACUAAAGUGAUGACAGUAUAAUUUCUGUUGAGGAAGUUCUUGUAAAAGUUGAAACGCAUUAACAUAAGUGUCAUGAAUUUUUUCUCCAAUCCAAGUGGUGUCUUAGGCCCAUAAUUUCUGAACUAUUUCCAGAAAGUUUCCAUUGGAAAAAAACAGGUCAACUGGGACCAAUAGCAGAAAGUUGUUACAUUUUCAGUAAAUUAAUUCCACAUAACCCAGAGAGAAAGUAAGGUUUAAAAUGGAGCUUUUCUUUUUUAUUGAGUUUUCCAUUAACUUCACUAUAAUAUAUGUUGUUUGCGGCACACAUUGGAGGUAGGAAAAUAAUAAAAACAGAGAACAGCUGCUGCAGUAUUUUGGUUACAGUAUUUAAGGUUGCCAUUCCCCUCCCAUGUCCUGCCUGUCCCAUCCCACCCCAGCCCUCCCUUCAGCCCAAGGCCCAAAUCUUCCAUAUGUGAUUGUACUAUGUGUGAUCAAUCUAAGAUGAUUGCAAAAAUGGCAGGCAUAUAUAUGUCGUGAUGAGAUAGUAUUUUUUUUCUCCCAUUGCACAUCAAUGGAGCUUUUCUUUUUUUAAUGCUUUUUUUAAAAUUGCAUUUACAAAAUUAUGAAGUUCUCUCUUAGAAAUGUCUUUGACAUUAUUAGAGGAAAUGGACCUACAGUAUGGAGUAAAAAAUAACUGAAAGAAAAGAAAAAUGUUCUAAAUAGUUUUUAGGAGAGAGCAUAGGAAUUGCUGAAUUACAAAAGAAUCUGUUUGUGUUAUCAUCACAGUUUAUUCACAACGAGGUCGUAAGUACAAUAAACACGUUCAUAUGAAUGUAAGAAAUAUAACUGAAAAAACUGACUGCUUUACAUUUAGUUUGAUUUACUGCUGUAUGAAUCCAGCUCAUAAAUUGGUCACUCAAUGCUAUUUUAUUGUUUAUUGUUUGUGGCUUUAGCAACAGUUUUUUUUCUUUUCUGAGAGACUUUGGCACACUGACGUUGGUUUUUCGUUUGGUUAAAAACAAAUUUAUUUUGACUGAUAUCUUAGCCAGUAUAUUCAAAGACAUUAUUGGUUGAUGUAUUAUUGAAUAUUUUUGAAAUUCUCAAAUAUGAUUGGAAUUAGCCUCAAACAUCUAGUAUCAUUCUGACUAGAGGGGGACUCUGUUUGAAAAUCACUCAUUUGAAAUGAUGCAUAGCCAUUCUGUAGCCAUAGCACCAUGCCAGCCAGUCAUGCCUGUGCCCAUUUUGCUUUUCACUGACGUUGCUGUUACUUCAAAGUAGUACAUCAGGAGCUAAGUUCAUCUGAGGCUGAAAUGCUGUACGUUGGCCAAACUGCAUUAGCUGGUUUGAGAUUAGCUAGGUGAUCUAAUCAGGUUAGCAUCAUGUAAGCCUGGAUUAGUCAAACUAAGUAAAAAAAAAAAUAAAAAAAAGGUCUGAGUCCUGCGUUCAUUUUACUGAAGAGUGACAAAGGUUUUAUCAGGAAUGUGUUGAUGUUUACCUAACAUCUGUUCAAUGUGGAGCUUUUAAUUCUCAUAUGAUGCUGGACAGUUGAAUGAAACUCACUGCGUCAUAUUUUAGUUUGUGAGUAAAACUUGUGACACUGUCCACAGUACUCUGAUCCUUCCAUCAACACAUUAGUGUCUAUAUACACUGCCUGUCCAAAACAAAGUCGCCACUUAGAUUUAACAAAGCAAAUAGGUAAGAGCCUUCCAUUGGCCUUCUACUAAACAGCUGUGUAGCUCUAAGAAAGCCACUGAUCAGUGAGGCUAGUGAGAAAAAAGGCUUCAAUUUGCUAGGUAGCAUAAAGAUUGGACUGUGGAGCAUUGGAAGAAGGUCAUGUGAUCUGAUGAGUCCAGAUUUAGCCUGUUCCAAAGUGAUGGGGGCAUCAGGGUAAGAAGAGAGGUGGAUAAAUGAUGCACUCAUGCCUAGUGCCUACAAGCCUGUGGGGUUAGGGUUAUGAUCUGGGGUUGGUCAGGUCGAGCAAAGAAUGAGGUCAGCUGACUACCUGAAUAUACUGAAUGAUCAGGUCUUUCCAUCGAUGGAGUUUCUCUUCGCUGAUGGCAUGGGCAUGUUCCAAGAUGACGAUUCCAAGAUUCAUGGGGCUCACAUUUUGAAUGAGUGGUUCAGGGAGCAUGAGACAUCAUUUUUACAAAUGGACUGGCCUCCACCUCAGACCUCAGCCCCAUUGGGGCUUUGGAUGUUUGGGAUGUGCUGGAGAAGACUCUGAGCAGCUCUCCCAUCGUCAAUAUAAGAUCUUAGUAGAAAAUGAAUGCAUCUCAGGACAGAAAUAAAUGUUGUGACAUUGUAGAAGCUUAUCAAAACGAUGCCACAGUGAAUGUAUGUUGUUCUCAGAGCUAAAGGUAGUCCAAUGAUAUAAUGGAGUGUCUGACUUUUUUUGGAUGGACAGUGUACAUUUACACGGUACAUUUGUGCAAUUCUUAAUUUGUUUCGUGUUUUUGCCUUCAAAAACAAAACAAUCAAACAAAAAACAAUCAAACCAGACCGAUAAGCAGUAUCGGUAAACGUAAUAGUACCAUUCAAAUCCUAACGAUACCCAUCCCUAUGAGUGAAGGGAAAGUAGAGGAUGGUUGUGUUGUAAACAUCAGUGUGGAUAUGUAAAAGAAAAAGAGUAUUUUAAAUGUACUAAUUCACCUAACUGCUUGGAUGAAGCACUCACAGGUUCGCAUUAAAUUCAGCUGCAUGUCAGAAAAUCAAAUGUAUAAUUUUAAUCUAUGAACUUUACUUUAAAAUGAUGGAUAUUUGUGCUUUUCCUGCUAUGCUAUGAAAAGUGUCUCACAUGAUUUAUCGCUGUAUACCAAUGAAGACGCAGCGUUCUAUGAACUGAGGUCCUGUCCUGACCAGGGUGUGAAUGUGUAAUUGGAUCACAGCUAAGAUGGUGUACAGAACAGAUGAGGUGAAGCUGCAUGACUGCAGACCCAGGCAUUGUCUCAGCUAUGACCACAACUUAACCUGAUACACACUUCAUCAUCAUCAUCCUUCUCUACAGUUUCAGACCAAGUUUGAUAUGUGCCAGAACUGUGUAUUAUACUCAAUUCAUUUAUGACACCACUUUAUGUACACUCAUUGACAUAACUACAUGUGUACAUUGUUCUUAUACUGGCAAUACACCUUCCUGUAUAUACUAUUGACAUUAUGAAAACAGAUUUAAUGUUAAUUAAAGUUUUGGACUGUGAUUAAAA